AUGGAAAACAUGUCCAGCCCUUUGACCUUUGUUGAUAUGCAAGCCACAAGAGUGGUUUUUUCAGGUGAGAGGAUAUUUAAAAUGUUCCUGGUGCUGACCACACUCGUUGUCUUCAUUUAUGUUAAUAUUCUGAUGUUGUUCACGCUACGCACCAAGGCCAUCUUCUAUGAGUCACCUCGCUAUAUCCUCUUUACCCACAUGCUCCUGAAUGACACGAUUCACCUGGUGGUUGCCUUGGUGCUUUACAUACUCAAUUCCUUUCUCCUUAUGGUGGUGCGUGCUGUUUGUGCCUUCAUCGUGCUGCUGUCUACAUCAACGUUUGUCAAUGGGCCUCUCAAUCUGACUGUGAUGUCUGUGGAGAGGUACAUAGCCAUCUGCUUUCCUUUGAGACACAGUGAAUUGGCUACACCGGCACGUGUGAAUGCAGCAGUGGCUCUGGUGUGGGUUCUGGGCAUCACUGAUGUGCUAACUGAUGUAUGUGCUCUCUUCCUCCUCACAGAGCCAUCCUUCUUCCUGUCUCCUUCAGCGUGUUCAAUCAUGCAGCUCAUGGUGGCACCAUGGCAGCAAAGCAGGAGUGUGGUGUUCAAAGUUGUGCUUUUUGUCACUGUAGCCAUUGUGUUGCUCUUUACAUAUGUGGCCAUUCUGCGACAAGCACGUGCUGCCUCUUCUGACACCUCUGCCCAUAAGGCAUUGCGUACUGUAGUACUGCAUGUGUUACAGCUUUGUCUUUCAAUAAUGUCGUUUCUCUUUGAGUACAUAGUGUACCUGCUAGGAAGCCUUCCACUUCCUCUAUACACAGAGCUGCGCUUUCUCACUUUCUUCAUGGUGCUGAUCAUACCACGCUGCCUCAGCUCGCUGAUCUAUGGACUAAGGGAUGAAACCUUCAGGCCACUGCGAUUGUUAAAACAGAACUUCCUCUAUUGUGGAAGAAACACAGUUAAACCUUUUCAGGCUUUUACAAAACAUUAA